AAGUCAAGUGCGCACUAACCUGUUCCAGGUGCCUCGGGGACCCAUUUCAACGGACCGAUCUGGCGCAAUUGAAACGCCGUUUUAACCUCAUGGCAACUGUGCACUCCUGCACCUGAAGCUCCACAUAGUACAACUGUCAGUUCAAGUUGGAAACUAUCUCCCCCUUGGAGGUGACUGACACAGACACUGUGGAGACAAGUGAUUGGUUCCCCAUUACUCACACCAUCCCUUCACAUGGUGACUGAGGCCAAUGAGGGAGGAAGCGCAGCUGCCAACACCAGAGCCCGAAAGGAGAUAUUCUAAUAACAGUUUCAACAGUUCAAUCAUGUAAGCAUAUUCUGCAGAUAAGACAUCUUAAAUAUCUGUGUUACUUAGCUGAUUCUGAUUUCCUCCACCACAAUCUUUCCCCAGAAACAGGUUCCAAAACAGAACAAUAGCUCUGUUACUGGUGUGCAGGAUAUAACCUUUAGUCUGUCCAGGAUCAAGAGGAACCAGUCAGUUUCUGUCACAUUCUCGGUUGAGUGCCCGGACAUCAUGGGUUCAUUCUACACGCACAGAACAGUUAGAACAGGCCUAUAUCAAUGCGCGCACAGACCUUUCUAUGUUAUAUGAGUUACUUUUUAACAAUCUCAAGCCCAAUGUCUAGGCUUGAAGGAUAUCUUAGUACACAAGCAUUAUUAAGGUUUAACAGACAUUUCCCUCAGGGUCAAUAAACUAUAUCUUUGUUGUAAGUUACAGAAGUAAUUUGCCCUUAUCCCUGGGGCAAAGUAACUUUCCUGAAUUGACCUCGAAAAGGGCAGUGUGUAUUUUGGCAGACAGUGUGGGAUGAAAAGUCAGUGUUUCUGUGUUGAGAAAAACACUUCUCCACGUUGUCACAAUCACACAGACAGCAAACUACGCAACCAGUCAUACACUGUGUGAGAAGAACCAGAGAGGUGUAGUAGCUAGCAUCUGUGAACCUAACUAUGUCUGAACUUGAUGUCUCCCUUGGUUACUUUCUUGCUGUUGUGGCGUUUGGUGCAGUCUUUAGAGUCCUUUUCAGAAAAUGGCCUUGUUUGAGCUUUGCAUCAGAGUUCACAACCUCAUUUGUGCUGGUGGCAUGCUGGCUGGAGGUGCAGACCAUUAUAGAGAUUGGUGAGUGGGCAGAGGGACUGGGAUCAGAAGUUACUCUGACCCUACGGUUUGUGGUGCUGCUGACCCAUGGUGUGAUCUGUGCUGGAGCCACUGGAAACCCCUCCCUGACUCUGAUGAAUUUCCUGCUGCUGGAGACCCCUACUCUGCACACUCUGCUGGCUUUGGCUGCUCAGUUCCUGGGGGCACACCUGGCCCUGAUUGUAGCUGGCUACUACUGGGCAAUGGAGCUCAAUGACAUGCACAUAAUUAAGAACCUGAUAUUCAGGGAGUGUAGCACAGCCCUGCGUGUCUCCCUGGUGCAGGGGGUCUAUUGUGAGUGUGUGUGUGCAUUCAUCUUUUAUCUGAUAUACCUCAGCCUGAGAUGUCGCGCUGCGUUGGUUCGGGUGCCUUUCUUUGCAGCUGUGCUCACCCUUCUCUCCCAUGCAGCCAGUGGUUAUACCUCAGCUUUCCUGAACCCCUCCCUGGCCUAUGGCCUUACCUUCUACUGUCCUGGGUUUACCUUUACGGAGUACUCAGUGGUCUACUGCCUUGGGCCCAUUAUUGGAAUGACCCUGGCCCUUCUCCUGUACAUGGGUCACAUCCCCAGGAUUUUUGCAAAGAAUCUGCUGUAUUCCCAGAAGACCCACGUACAGGUGCCAAAGGGGGACGGAGAUGAAAAGAAAAAGUGAAAGAAAGACAUCAUCCACCUCAGCUGAGGCAAUAUAGGACAUAUAGUGCAUUAGGAACACACUACUCAAUUUUGUUCCUAUUGGGAGAAGAUAUUUCAUUAUGCACUGAGCAUUAUAUUCAACAGCCUAUUCUCUCUUUAAGUUACUGACAAAGAAGGUGUGGGCUGUAGAACAUCUGUACAUUUAUGAUAGUACAACUCAUAUCGCCUGUGUUCUUACAGAAGUAAUAAAUAAAUUAAAAAUAAAUGUUUAUGAAAAGGA